CUAUCAAGACAGGGGAUUGGAGGAAAGAAAAACACAAAAUUACUUCUCCACAAAAGCUUUCUCUGCCUGGAAAAGUUCAUUCUAGGCUUAGAGGGGUGGUCCGUAUUGUUUAAUUUCCUUAACGGGCCAUAUAGCAUAAUUAUCUGUGAGAUUGGAAGGUAUUGCUGUAGAUAGCCUAUUGCAGGCACACCGGCUGUAACCCCACUACAGAUAACAAGAGUCUUUUCGACGAGAGGAAUUGCUGGGGGAAGAAGAAGAAGAGGAGGAAGAAGAAGAAGAAGAAGAAGUGUUGUUUGGCUUUUCCCCCCGUGAAGAGUUGAAGCCGUCCUCGUCGUGCAUACUCUGCAUAUCACAGGAUUGGGUCUCUCCUCUCUCGUCGAGCUGCUGCAGGACUGGCUAUGGCCACCACUACUUCCGGGAUCCGUCAUUUCAUUCGCCCACCGAUCAGCGCAGCGAACUGACUCUGUUCUAUAAGCAAGCAAGCAGCCAACCUGCCAACACGCGCUGACACUCACUCAUCUCAGACCGCGAGAUAGACCAAAUACCUACGGGGGGAAAAAGGAGGAAAGAUCUGCAACUGCGAUCCCUUAAUUUCUUCUGAUUUUUCUUUUUUUUUUACACUUACAAUAAAACAACACAGCGAUCCGGAGUGAGAGAAGGGGACGCGGACUUGCGGGAUGAAAACGGGCUAAAAAGAUUCAUCUUCUCUUGAACAUCAUCACCAACCAUCAUUCAUUCAUUACCUUGACAACCUCUGGCUUUGAUUGACAGCUGGAGUGGCAAAAAGCCAUGAGACACGACAGUUUAGUUACAUGCAGGUUGUUGAUGGGCCGAUUGUAACCUUCAGUUUGGCGCAUUUUUUUCUUUUUUGAGGAAAGAGGAAAACAAGAAAAAUUGUAAAACUCCUCAUGCUACUACUUCAACUGAAGCACAUUAGCGAAUAGGAGAAUUCGCAAAGUUGUUUGAAAGGGGAAUCUUACUACUAAAUCACUUUCCAACCGUACUGGGAUAUUAAAUAUUCGACACAUUGAGGAGUUUAUUGGAGGGCAGUCUGAUGGCGCAAAGGUACGAUGAGCUGGCCCACUACGGUGGGAUGGACGGAGUGGGAGUCCCGGCGUCUAUGUACGGAGACCCGCACGCUCCUCGGCCGCUUCCUCAGGUCCAUCACUUGAACCAUGGUCCCCCGCUCCACGCCAGCCAACACUACGGGGCUCAUGCCCCCCAUCCCAACGUUAUGCCCACUAGCAUGGGCUCCGCUGUCAACGACGUUCUAAAGAGGGAUAAAGAUCAAAUUUAUGGUCACCCUUUAUUUCCCCUGCUCGCGCUGGUUUUUGAGAAGUGCGAGCUGGCGACCUGCACUCCGAGGGAGCCCGGUGUGGCGGGCGGCGACGUCUGCUCUUCAGAUUCAUUCAACGAGGACAUCGCAGUCUUUGCCAAACAGGUCCGCGCAGAAAAACCUUUAUUUUCAUCAAAUCCAGAGUUGGACAAUUUGAUGAUACAAGCCAUACAAGUAUUACGAUUUCACCUUUUGGAAUUAGAAAAGGUGCAUGAGCUCUGCGACAAUUUUUGCCACCGGUACAUCAGUUGUUUGAAAGGAAAAAUGCCAAUAGAUCUAGUUAUUGACGAACGGGAUGGCAGCUCAAAAUCAGAUCACGAGGAGCUAUCGGGAUCUUCGACUAACCUUGCAGAUCAUAACCCAGCUUCCUGGAGGGACCACGAUGACGCCACCUCCACACACUCAGCCGGCACGCCCGGGCCCUCCAGCGGGGGCCACGCAUCACAGAGCGGGGACAACAGCAGCGAACAAGGUUCAUUAAUGCCAGGAGAAGAAUAGUACAGCCCAUGAUUGACCAGUCAAAUCGAGCAGGCUUUCUUCUUGAUCCUUCAGUGAGCCAGGGAGCGGCGUACAGUCCGGAGGGACAGCCAAUGGGAAGCUUCGUGCUGGACGGUCAGCAGCACAUGGGGAUCCGACCAGCUGGUCUAGCAGGCAUGCCAGGGGAGUACGUACCUCAGAGUGGUCCUAUGGGCAUGAGCAUGGCCCCGCCCAGUUACCCACCUGCCCCAACCCACCAUCAGAUGACCCCCCACCCGUCCCAGCUCCGUCACGGACCCCAGCUUCACCCCUACCUGCCUGGACACCCCCACCACCACCACCACGGCCACCACGGCCACCACCCCCACCACCACCCCCACCCAGCCAUGCUGAUGCACGGAGGACCUUCCUUGCACCCGGGAAUGACCAUGGCCACACAGAGACCCCCCCUGCUGGCCCCCAAUGACCCCGGAGCCGGAGGACCAGGCCUGGAUAUUCACGCCCAAUAGUAUAAGGGAACUUUUCUAUCGCCACGACAACAACGACCACCAACCACCAUCCACCAACAACUACAACCAACCAACAACUACAACAGCAGCAGCUACAACAAGAAAUUAAUUUAAAAAUAAAAUAUAAGCCACACAGCGAACCCCAACAACGAAACUUUAACUAUUUUAAGACUAUUUUUAAGAAUUAAAAGUGAACCCUUUUGAUCAGAAAUUAGACACUAAAGAAACAGAAUACUAGAUGAGCUGUGAUACUUUUUUUAACAAAAUUAAAAGCUUUAAAAAUAAAAGUAAAAAAAAUAACUUGUCGAUUUUAUUACUUUCAUCCAAAUGGAGGACCAAGCCCACAGGAACACUUUGUAAACUCUUGGGCUUUUGGUAAAGACAUCCACAGCGGUUGUUUUUUUUGUUUAUAUGUGCAAGAAAUGGACUAAUGCACACUUAAAAACACCUGCACACCACACACACACUCACACGGCGCCAUUCACAUGUUCACAACAAGUACACUUUCUCGUGACAUGCUCCAACGCUUCGGAAAAAUGAAAAUCACCCUCGAAGAUUUAAAAAAAAGGAAUUGACGAAAAAGACUCCAAGAGUUAUAACUACUGUAGAAUAAAAAAAAAGUUUAGAUAACUAAGUUAAAACUUUGUGCAUUUUUUUUCUUUCCUCUUCUUUGUUUAUCAACACAACUUACGUUUCCUGAUCUAGUUCUAGAAAUUAAAGGUUAACCCCUUCCUCUUCCACACUGUGUGUGCUCCUACCCCGGGGGGAGAGACUGUUUCAACAGCACAGCACUAUAUAAUGAAAACAAUGAGAAAACAAAGAAGAAGAAGAAGAAGAAGAAGAAGUAGUACAAGAAGAUGGAACAUCUCAAAAAAUGGCUCCCAAUGACAGAGGGCAAUCAGGUCCUGUCCCUCCACCAGCCCCUGGCUCCAGCACCACCACGACUGUAAGAACAGGCCACGAUGGGAAGAGCUAUACACGAAAUGACACCGGAUCUCUCCGCAAGAUUCACAUUGAUCAUUCAUCAUGCCCCCCCCCCCAGCCUUUCUUUACCCAGAACGCUCCCCCACUACCCAACCCCUCUCACUUUUUUUCUGGGUUUGUGAAUGAAUGUCGCCCUGUAAGUUUUUGAAGAAAGAAAAAACAUCUUUGUUUGAAUUGCCCAAGCACUGGAUUGUGUUGGUUUUAUACAUUUUUAUUUUAUUAUAAUUUUUAAUUUUUAUUUGAAUUUUUUUUGUAUCCUGGACUCUUUGUUUUUUUUGGUUAAGAGCCAAUUGAAGGAAGCUUAACAGUGGAAAAAGGCGACAUCCUACACAGUGCUUCUUCGUCUAUGGAUCGACAUGCAUAUGCCAUAAGGACAAUACAAGGACAAUGGUUGAUUCCAUGGCAACUGGCGAGAAGCAAACUGGCGGUUGAUGCACCCAAAACACAGAAAACACCUUAAAAAAAAUACAAAAAAAAGGAGAAAAAAAUAAAUUAUGAACUCAAUGCUGUUGGGGGAUGAAAAGCUAUGAGACUAUUGUAACAAAAACUUCGUACAGAGUUCAGUCUAUUAAUUGUUUCAUGUUAGAUAUUCUAUGUGUUUACCUCAAUUGAAAAAGAAUGUUUUUUGCUAGUUUCAGAUCUGCUGUGGCAUUGAUAUUGUAUGUCCAUGAAUUCCCUCCUUUUUCAGCACGUGUUCUCCUCUCUAGAUGAUAAGAUGCCGUCUCCCUUAAGCUUUGUCAAAAAUACAUUAAAUACUUGUAUGAGGACUGUGACGUAUUGUUUAAAAGGUGUUCAGUCACAAAUGCUGUAAUAAAUAUUUCAUUUUUGAUUUUUGUUA